AGUACCAAUAAAAUCACAUGUAAAGUAACCAAUAAGAAAAUGUAUACAUAUGUGUUUUAUAUUUGUUUUUCAGUAAUUAUUGAGGCUUGGGCAAUUAUCUGCAGAGAAAAAGAAAUUUGAAUAGAGUAUUUGUGUCUGUGUUGAAGAUUAAUUUAAUUUAUUUUCAAUUAUUCGAAUUUUUCCGUAAAUGCGUGUACAUGAAAACACACAGUAACAAAAAAAUCGAUCACCAUAUUUAUAUUCCAUAGAAUUAGAAAGUAAAGUUUACAUGUGUCAUAUUGGCUUGUUUCUCUCGUAUAAAUAGUUUAUAUACAGAUUACAAGCAUGGAUUGUGAUGAUUUCUUCUUUGAAGAAGAUAAAAUGUUGGUUUCAUACAAUUAAUUAUUCAUUUACCAAUAUGUGUUAUGUUUCAAUUUAAAUACGCUUCUUUUUUCUUGCAAUAUGCAUGUUUGUAUGCUACGGUGCGGUGGAAUAGUCUAGUGGAUCAAACAGAAUCUUCUACAAGUAUUUUUAUUUCGACAAACAAUGUCGAGGAAUGUAAAGACGACUUUGUUUCAUUGACCACCGUGCCAUCAGCUAAUGUGCAAUUGCAUCAAUUUACUACAAUGGAAGAUCGCAUACCAGAUGUAGAACUGGUCAAUCAAGACCAGUCUCUUCAUCAUCUACCUAAUAAUACGGGUAUGACCAUAACUUCUGGCAAUGUUGUGAUACAAAAAGAUAGCAAUAAUCUUAUAGGCAUAAGUAUUGGAGGUGGAGCACCACUAUGUCCUUGUCUGUACAUUGUACAAAUUUUUGAUAAUACACCUGCAGCAAUAGAUGGUACUUUACAAUCAGGAGAUGAAGUUGUAGCAAUAAAUGGAGUAUCAGCUAGAGGAAAAACAAAAAUAGAAGUUGCAAAAAUGAUACAAUCUUCAAAUUCUCAAGUCAGUAUUAAUUAUAACAAAUUACAUGCUGAUCCCAAACAAGGUCGUACUCUUGAUAUAGCUUUAAAAAAGGUGAAACAUAGGUUAAUUGAAGGAAUGGGAAGUGCAACAGCAGAUGCACUUGGAUUAUCACGUGCUAUUCUUUGUAAUGAUGCACUUGUGCAACGAUUAAUGACAUUACAGCGCACAGAAAAUUUAUAUAGAGGUUUAGUUUCUCAUGCUAAAGCUACUUUACAUGCUUUUUUUGACUUAAUACAAGUGUACAAAGUAUUUGGAGAUGCCUUCGCUGCGAUAGGAGUAAAAGAACCACAACCACGGGCUAGUGAAGCAUUCAGACAAUUUGGCGAACAACAUAGGCAAAUGGAAAAAUAUGGAAUAAUGACAUUAAAAAAUUUAAAACCUAUAUUGAAUGAUUUAGGCACAUAUCUUCACAAAGCUAUUCCAGAUACUCGAUUAACCAUAAGCAAAUAUGCCGAUGCAAAAUUUGAAUAUCUUUCUUAUUGUUUGAAAGUGAGAGAAUUAGAUGAUGAAGAACAAAGUUAUGUAUCAUUACAAGAACCUCUUUAUCGAGUAGAAACAGGAAAUUAUGAAUAUCGUCUGGUCUUAAGAUGUCGACAAGAAGCUCGUGCAAGAUUUGCAAAACUUAGAUCGGACGUACUUGUAAAACUAGAAUUAUUAGACAAUAAACAUGUCCAAGAUGUUGUAUGGCAAUUGCAGAAAUUCGCAGCUGGUUUAGCGAAAUAUUAUUCUAGCACCCGAGAUUUAUUAUCUUCUGUCACGUUAUUUCCUGUUGAAGUUGAUUUAUCACAUUCUGCAUUUCAAUAUAAAUCUACUGGUCCUCAAGUAAUAACUGAUGGAGAAGAUGUGGAUGAAUUUGAACCUGAAGAAAAAGCAAAUAUAAAUGAAGAUUUACUUAUAGAUACACAGAACUUCCCACUAAUAACAUCAGAACCUAAUGAUCUGUAGCAAUGUGUUCUUUGUUUGCAGAAGAUUUUAGGAACUAUUAUGUGUGUGCAUGUGAAAUAUGGAUAAUAUAUACAUAUAUAUAUAUCAAACAUUUUUCAGUAUUAUA